ACAUCUAAAUGUGCUCUCGCAUUUGAAUAAAGCUUCUUUCUGCUCUCCUAACUCAGGCAGGAGCCACGGGGCCCCCGCAGUCACCGGCCAACCAGAGCUUCGGAGCAUCAACGGUGAGGAUGACUUCCCUGCUUCUGCUGUGUGUCUCGUUGCCCUUCAUUUCAGCAACGACAUCAUUUGCACACCAAGAUGGCUUGGACGGCACACUCCGUGUCAGCAUCCCAUCGGCGUUGCCUCUCCGCCCCCUUCUGGGGGGCAAGGUGGUGGUGCCGUGCUACUUCCAGGACAACACUGCCAGCGACCCAGGCGCACCGACCAUCGCGCCUCUCUCCCACCGCAUCAAAUGGAGCUUCGUCACCAAGGAGAAUGUCACAACCAUCCUGGUGGCAACGGAGGGCAAAGUCCACGUUGAGAAGGAGUACUUGGACAGAGUAACAAUGGUCAACUACCCGCUGGUGUCCACGGACGCCAGCCUGGAGAUCACAGAGCUAAGGUCCAAAGACUCAGGCGCCUACCGCUGUGAAAUCAUGCACGGCAUCGAGGACAACUAUGACACCGUGGACAUCCAGGUUCAGGGUAUCGUGUUCCACUAUCGAGCCAUCACCACCCGGUACACCCUCACCUUUGAGAAGGCCAAGGCCGCUUGCAUCCAAAACAGCGCCACCAUUGCAAGCCCUGCCCAACUGCAGGCCGCCUACGAUGAUGGAUACCACCAGUGUGAUGCAGGAUGGCUGUCUGAUCAGACCGUUAGGUACCCCAUCCACGAGCCUCGGAAGGAAUGCUACGGAGACAAGGAAAACUUUCCCGGCGUGAGAACCUACGGAGUGAGAGACGUCAACGAGACUUACGAUGUGUACUGUUUUGCCGAAAAGAUGGCUGGCAGAGUCUUCUACUCUAUGUCAGUGGAGAAGUUCACUUUCCACGAAGCGAAGGAUCAGUGCAAUAAACUGGGUGCCCGACUUGCCACCACCGGAGAGCUUUAUCUGGCCUGGAAGGGCGGCAUGGACGUGUGCAAUGCCGGCUGGUUGGGCGACAGGAGCGUACGCUACCCCAUCAACAUUCCCAGGCCUCAGUGUGGAGGCGGCCUCUUGGGAGUCAGAACGGUCUACCUGUUCCCUAACCAGACAGGAUACCCCAUCACGAGCUCUCGUUACGAUGCUAUCUGCUUCCAAGGUAGCGAUGACGAAGGUGCAGUUCCCGGCCGGAUCACUCCUUUCCCGGACAUCAUGAGCAUAACCCCAGCUCCUGGAGUUUAUGCAGGACUCACAACACCCCCAGGAGGUCAAGAGAUCAAGCACGGUGGUGUGGACAUUCUCACCAAGCCUAUCUCACCUCCUUUUACAGACGCCGCCAUGGGUCCCACCGGCGUCGUGUUCCACUACCGACCUAUUACCGGUCGCUACACGCUGACCUUUCUGGAGGCCCAACAGGCCUGCAAGAGUAUCGGCGCAGUCAUUGCCAGCCCCCUGCAGCUACAGGCAGCCUUUGAGAAAGGCCUGCACCAAUGUGACGCUGGUUGGCUUGGUGACCAGAGUGUGAGGUAUCCGAUCGUGUCACCCCGAGAUAAUUGUGCGGGCAAUCUGCUGCACCUUCCGGGAGUCCGAUCCUAUGGCCUGAGGCCAGACACAGAGCGUUAUGACGUAUUUUGUUAUGUCGAACGUCUGGAAGGUGAGGUCUUCUUCACCAGCGACUAUGACAGCUUCUCCUUUGAGGAGGCCGUGCAGCACUGCGAGAAACUCAACACCACGCUGGCCACAACCGGGCAGAUGUAUGCCGCGUGGAACCAAGGCCUCGACAAGUGCCGCCCAGGUUGGCUGAUGGACCGGAGUGUCCGAUAUCCCAUCACAACCUCCAGAUCCUACUGUGGGGGAGGCCAGGUGGGCGUGCACAUCAUCUAUGCAUUCCCCAACCAGACUGGAUUUCCUGAUGAGCACUCACGCUAUGACGCCUAUUGUUUCAAAGCUGAAAUACGCGCCAUUGAAAUUGACAGCAAAACCACCAUUGACACCGUCAGCGAAACCAUUUUUGACAAGUUACUGACAGUGGAUGUUGUCAGCAAGACAACGGUUGCAGCUGAUCAUGCCACUACUACUAUUGAACCUCCUGUGGGUUACACUGACACCGAAACAAUGGCAAACAUCACAGAAAUUGAAGUGCUUAUCCAAAAGACCAACAUCACAACCCAGCUAAAGAUUCCUACUGUUUCAGUUGAUGGUUCUGCAUCUGGAUCAGGUGAUCAUUCAGCCAGUGGGGACCUUCAAAUCUCAGGCGAUCAUUCAGCCAGUGGGGAUCUUCAAAUCUCAGGCGAUCAUUCAGCCAGUGGGGAUCUUCAAAUCUCAGGCGACCAUUCAGCCAGUGGGGAUCUUCAAAUCUCAGGCGAAUCCAGCACCACCAGCGGGAGCGGAGCUUCUGGUUCAGGACUUGACAUCACCUUCAGUGGACACACUGACAUCCUGUCAGGAGACCAUUCUACCUCUGGUGAUCCGCAAGGAGCAGAGGGUGGCAGUGCAAUCUUCACCUCUGGAGACUCCUAUAGCGGAUCAGGAUCUGGGUCUGGAUUUCCUGUGUCAGGAUCAGGUUCUGCUAGUGGCAGUGAAGACAUUAGUGGCAGCGGUGGUGAAAUUCUCAUCAAAAUACUGGAUGGAAAGGAGAGAGAACUGUUGAUCCCAACCCUCACUGAGCAGGAGUUAGGUAGUGGGGUGUUGUGGACUUCAGGUAUGUCCGGGUCAGGAAGCAUGUCUGGAUCAGGAGUUAUGUCUGGGUCGGGCUCCGGUGAAUUUUCUGGCAUCACCUUUACAGACAACAGCGUCAUUGACCUGACAGUUCAGCAAUCAAGAGAGCAGGAGCUGUACGGAUCUGCUGAAAUGUCCGGAUCAGGAUCUAUUUCCGGAUCAGGCUUUUUGUCCGGGUCGGGCUCCGGUGAAUUUUCUGGCAUCACCUUUACAGACAACGGUGGCGUCGACCUCACAGUUCAUCAAUCAGGAGAGCAGGAGCUGUACGGAUCUGCUGAAAUGUCCGGAUCAGGAUCUAUUUCCGGAUCAGGUUUUUUGUCCGGGUCGGGCUCCGGUGAAUUUUCUGGCAUCACCUUUACAGACAACGGUGCCGUCGACCUCACAGUUCAUCAAUCAGGAGAGCAAGAGUUGUAUGGAUCUGCUGAAAUGUCUGGAUCAGGAUCUACGACUGGAUCCGGCUCUAUGUCAGGGUCAGGCAUCAAUGGAUUUUCUGGCAUCUCCUUUACCGACAACAGUGCCAUUGACUUAACAAUCCAGCCAUCAGGAGAUCAGGAGUUGUCUGGAUUUCCACCCUAUGCAUCCGGCUUCCCCAGUGGCGCUCCAAGUGGUUUUCCAUCGGGUGUUUCAGGCAGCGGUUCUGCCUCUGGCCAACCUUCCCAGACGGAAGGCGACAUCAUCUUUCUAACGGAUGAUGGGAUAAAGGAAGUUAUCGUUUCUCCCCAGGAGCAUCAUCCAGAAGAGGGCCGCGGCGUUGUAGAAAUAAGUGGCCAGGAAAGUGGUUCAGGAACCCAUCUUCAAAUCUCAGGCAGUGACAAGCCGUCAACGGCUGGGCUUUCUAUAGCUUUUCCUCCUGGAUCGACCAUGACCUACCCAGACUAUAAUGGACCGUCUGAGCACGAGGAGGCCACAGUCAUCGUCAUGACUCCAGACCCUGCCUACGUCAGCCCAACCACUGCACCAACGAUUUCACUGGCGACCGCUCCUGUUGUGGAGGAGCCAGAGGUAGAAGAGGCUGUUAAUAGUUGUCCCGAGGGCUGGUUGGAGUUCAUGGGAAGCUGUUACCUCCACUUUGCUGACAGACACACCUGGUCAGAUGCUGAGCAGCGUUGCCGGGAGCUCAAUGCCCACUUGGUCAGCGUCAGAUCUGAAGAGGAGCAGCAGUUUCUCAACUCCAAAGGUCAAGACUAUGAGUGGAUCGGUCUCAAUGACAAAGAAGUCCAGAAUGAAUUCCGCUGGACAGAUGGCAGCGCUCUUACGUACGAGAACUGGAGACCUAACCAACCUGACAACUACUUCAACUCUGGGGAGGACUGCGUGGUCAUGAUCGGGCACGAAGGAGGCCAGUGGAAUGACGUUCCUUGCAAUUACUAUCUUCCCUUCUCAUGCAAGACUCAACCCGCGGGGUGUGGAGCGCCCCCGGAGGUGGCUCACGGCUCGCCGAUGGGCAUCACCAGAGAUCGCUACGCCGUCAACUCCAAAGUGCGCUACCAGUGUCAAGCCGGCUACACGCAGCGCCACCUACCUGUCAUACGUUGUAUGGAAAAUGGACAGUGGGAGAGUCCACAAGUGGAAUGUACAGAAACUGCCGGCAACAGGCUACACAAACGAUCGGUGAGGAGCAGAAGUCGAGGAGUCAGCAGCCGACGGGAGCAGAGCAAGACACUCUGAGCAGGUGGACUGAAUGAAGUACAAGUGAGAAUCACAAAAAAAAGGACCCCUUCUCAUGGACACCAACGCUAAUGCCCGACCAAAAAUAAAAAAGGCAUUCCGCUCAGCUUUCAAUGUAAAUAAAAGCACUAAAACACAUUUAGACCGUAAAGAUGCAACUGACUCACGUCCCCCACCCCCCUUCAGUGUCUUUAGUGAAGGCACUUACACUAUUUAUAGAGUCUAUAAUUUAUAGCUGUAACUCAUGUUGUCCAAGCACAGGUAACUCCUGGAGGAGUCAACAGAAGCCUUUGAAAGUGUUAUUGAUGGUAGCGUCUUGCUGUAUUUUUGGGCCUUUUUUUUUCUGGGUCCGUGUGUGUACUUUUUGUUCCCCGCUGGCUACUUUUUCAAAGAUUUUAUUCCAACACUGUGAUUCUCAAGUGACGUCAUCAAUGAUCAGACUCAUGUAGUGCAGCGCAAUGUUUUUUUUUUGAGGGGGCGGGGCUUAUUUGUCCCCAUAAAGCGGUUCACAGUUAUGAACAAACUGCUCCCCAAUAAAUUGAGGACAGGAAAGGUU